AUGGACGUGACAGAACAAGAUCUUCUCGCAACACAAAAAGCCCUCGAAGAAGAGGUGCAAAAUAAAGUCAAAGAAGCUGUUAUGGAUAAUUUUCUUCGAGAAAAAUUAACACGUGAAGAAAAAUUUACACAAAAUAAUACAUAUAAAUUAAAUACACAAUGGCUUACUGUUAUGCGAGCAGCUAAAUCAAAAGAAUUAAAAAAAGAAAUUGAAAUUUUAUCACAAACAUUUGGACGUAUUAUUGAUCGAAAAGAUACUGUUAUUAAAGCAUCAUCAAAAGAUCUUGAAGAAGCUGAAGAACAAUAUAAUAUGGCAUUAAGAAGUUUUUUUGAAGCUAUUGAAAAAAUGAUUGCAAUGCAUACAUCAACAAUUGAUAAAUUACUUGAUCAAUAUGAACAAGAUGUUGAACAAAUAAAAUAUGAAUUUCGUGAAGAACGUGCAAAAAUAAUUCGUGAUCAUGAUAUAUCUAAAACUGAAUUACAAGAUAUUAUUUAUAAUAUGGAAAAAACAUAUCUUGAUGCUGAAACAGCAGCUGAACAAAAUUUUCAAGCAAAUAUGGAAGAAUUACGUAAUAAAUAUCGAGAAGAUAUGCAACAAUAUCAAUUAAAUGUUGAAAGUCGUUCAACAGUAUUACAAAAUGAAAUGACACUCAUAACAAAUAAUUAUAAAGAACGAACAAGAGAAAGUAAAGCACAAUAUCAAGAAUAUAAAAUGAAAGAUGAAAAAAAUUCUAAAGAAAUUCGAGAUGCAACCAUUUAUAUUAAUCGAAUUACUGACAAAAUCAAUGGUGUUAAAUCUCAAAUAGCAGCUCUUGAAGCGAAUCAUCAAGCAAGAAUGAAUAAAGUUGGACAGGAAAAAGAAAGUAUGAAACAAUAUUUACUUCAAUUAAAAUCUCAAUUAUUGGAUAUGCAAGAAGAAUUACGUCGACGUUUAAUAAAACUUGCGACAGCAUGUGAUACAGUUGAAAAACAACUUGAAAAACGUGUUAAAAUAGCUGAAAUUAUUUUAACAUUUGCUGAAAUGUGUCGUAAAUUAGAAGCUGAAGAAGAAAAAAUUUUACCAUUUUAUGCAUCAACAUUAACAGAUGAAGAACGUGCUGAAGUUGAAACAGCUUUUUAUGAACCACCAUUUGAAGAUUUAGCUAAAGAUAUGUAUACAUUUGAUUCACUUGAAAUGUUUUGGAAACGAUUUAAAAAUAUGCAAUUAAAAAUGUUAUUAAAACAAUAUCUUGAUGGUAUAUCAGUAAAUGAUGAAAUAAUGAGUCAAACAAAUCCAUUAAUGAUUUUAUCAUCAAGACGUGUACUUGAAAGUCAGUCUGCUGGAAAACCGUUAUCAAAUGCUCGACCAAUUAAAGUUGUUAUCGAAGCUCAACAUGUGAAAAGUGCCUUUUGA